AUGCUGAUCGAAUCCAUUGCCCACUGUUCCCAGGGUGUGAGUGUGUUGAUCCUCGUUCGAGCUCGACCCAUGCUGAUUGAAUCCAUUGCCCACUGUUCGCAGAAUGCUGUGGGUGUGAUGAUCCUCGUCCGAGCUUGGGCCAUGCUGAUCGAAGCCAUUGUCCACUGUUCCCAGCUUGCUGUGAGUGUGAUGAUCCUCGUCCGAGCUCGGGCCAUGCUGAUCGAAUCCAUUGCCCACUGUUCGCAGGCUUUUGUGGGUGUUAUGAUCCUCAUUCGAGCGAUGAUAUCGAGUCAUGCUGAUCGAAGCUAUGGCCCCCUGUUCCCAGCUUGGUGUGAGUGUGAUGAUUAUCCUAGUUCGAGCUUGAGCCAUGCUGAUCAAGGCCAUUGCCCACUGUUCGCAGUAUCUCGAGCCAUGUUGAUCGAAGCCAUUGCCCACUGUUCGCAGGAUGAUGCCCUAUGGCCCCCUGUUCCCAUCUUUAUGACAUAUUAUUCAUUGACAGCGUGGAGACGAUUUUCAACUUCCUAUCAUGAUUUCACCAGCUUCGGUCCAUUCAAUGUGAGGAGAUGGAGGCUAGGUUACUCUCUGUGCUCAUCGCCAUUGGAGACAAUUGUUCAGCUUAGCUCUGGUGAAUUUUCAGGCAAUAUUGCAAUGAAUCUGCUUAUUAUUGAUCAUUUAGCUGCUGUUGUCAUUUUUGAACACUCUUUCUACAUUUUCGAAAAGCAGUGGCAUCUUCAUCACCAGCAGAACUCUGUUCCCUCUUAUAUUGAGGCUCUCGAGUCGUACAUGGCAUCUCCACAUGCUGCUGCUGUCAGGGAAGCUAUAAGCGCUGCCGUCCAUAAAUAUGAAGAGGCUGUGAGCACUGUCGAAAAAACACCGUCUACUUGGAAGGCCAAGCUACCUUUCGAGUGGUAUCGGAGGAAGGCGGAACUUCGUGAGAGGAAGGCAGAGUUGAUGAAGACAAUUCUUGAAAUCACUUUACAGUAUCGCCUGUCUUUUCUCGAUGUGCAUCAUUUCAAUUAUUAUGAUUUCAGAAUUACAGUCAAAGGUGGAUGUGUUAACCCAUUGUACGUCAAGCGUUUGGCUACCACCCUGUUCAUCCCACUCCCAUCGUUCUCGUUUCCACUCCACACGAUUCAAAGUCAAGACUUACUCUGGAUGCAUUAUCUCGAACGGCUGAGAGAUGACGCCAUUAAUGAACAAAGGAGAAGACGGAUUGCAGACUAUCUGCGUAAACUUGUGCCGCUGGAUGUCACCUACGCUGCGGUCUCUGGUGGAUACCAGCACUACGACCACUCCAUGCGUGUCUGACAAAUAUACGAGCACGGCUGAGAUCAUGAAUAAGCCUAAAACACUUGCCUGUCUGAUCAGUCCAACGACAACGUCCCGUGUCUGUGAGCUUGCAGCGACGGACGGCAAGAUUAAUGGCAUUCAUCGCUGAGCGUCAGGAUGUCGGCGUGCAGUGACCAUUGAUAUUGGCGAUCCAUUGCAGGGCAUAACCAUGUCGAUUCUUCAACUGACCCGGGGAAUUACCGAGCUGCCAGUUAACAGUGAGUGUGUCGAUUGAAGAUUCGCAGUCGCGCUCGUGCUAUACGGAUAGAAGAA